UUUGAGACAUUUUUUUAAUAUUCUAGGUACUUAUUAUAAACUUGAAAUUUAUUGGUUGUACAUUUUAGGUGUUACGUGCUCAUAUUUUUUUGGCAAUUGGGAAAAAGUAUCUAUUUUGUUUUAUAGUGUACACUAUUAUAAUUUUUUGGUGUCCGAUUCGUGAAAAAACUUGAUACUAAAUUGCAUUUUCAAUUUUGUCAUCAAAAUAAAUUAAAUAAAUAAUUUAUCCAAUGCAUUAGAAACCUAAACCUAUAAUACAUACAAAAGUAAUGGAUACGCCAUCAACCAGUUAUGUCAGCCAGAAACAUUCCUGUGCUUGUUUGCUAAAUAAAUUCACCGAACGUGAAGCAGCGGCACACAUUUUAACUGACUGUAUUAAUGUAGAUACUUCUGCUGGUAUUCUACAACAAUCACACGAUCAUGAGGUAAAUGCAUUGACACGUAGCAAAUUGCUAGAUGACUUACUGGACUUAACAUUUAACAAUAAAUGUUUUCAACCAUAUGACAAAUUUUGGUUACGUUUCUUGAUGGCAAGUGGUAAAACCCUUGAACAAUUUAAUAGUGCCGGUAAGAUACAUUAAAACAUUUUUAACACUACUGCAUAGUAAAUACAUAUUUGUAAACUUUGUAUUUAUCAAAUACAAUUAUUUGUUUUAUAGUCAAGGAUUAUGAUACUGGUAAAGAAUGUGGAUUUGUUUGGCUAAAUGGUUUUGUGGUUUACACCUGCCACACUUGUAAAUUUUCAUCUGGCAUAUCUGUAUGUGGAGAUUGUUUCAAGCAUGGCGAUCACAUUGGUCAUGAUGCUCAUUUGUUUCUUUCUCAAGAAAUUGGAGUAUGCCACUGUGGAAACAUAAACUUAAUGAAGCUUGAAGGGUAGGAUACUAGUAUAUGCAUAUUCCAUUGCAAUCUUUGUAUUUUAUAUAUAGUAUAUAUAAAAUAAAAAAUAUACUAGAUUAAUGAAAUAAACAAAUUUAUAAUCACUAAUCAGUUAAGAUCAUUAAAAACACUACAUUUUUAAACAGGGACUCAGGGAAAAUAUAUUUUUAUUUUUUAUUUAUAAAAUUCAAUAUUUUGUUUAGUAUCUGUAUGUGCAUAAAAUAUUAAGGAAAUAUUUAAAUUUAUUUUGAUUUUAGAUAAAAAUAUUUUGCAUUCAAUAUUAUAUUAUUAUAAAUUAGAUAGUGUCUAAAUUAAUUUAAUUAAAACAUAAAUAAUAUAGGUACAAUUAGGCGCAUAUUUAAAUUCCAAACAUGAUUUUUUAAAAAUACCUAUACAAGUAUUAACGUUAUUAUAUAUAUUACUGAAAAAAAGUGUAAUAAUGAUGUACUUAUAUUUUAUUUUGUUAUAGAUGCUGUUCUGAACAUAGAAAUCCAAAUACAAGUGUUGGCAAUACCUAUAAUAAAAAACAAUCUCCAGCCGAUUUAUUUAGGGUAACCAAGAAACUUAUGCCAAGACUUUUGUUAAAACUGGUGCAAAUUUUACGUGAAUAUAGGUAUUUUAUAAAUUCUAAUAUACCUACUUUUUAAAUUUGAAUGUUCUGAGCAUUUAAUCUAAAACAUUGGAAAUAGUUUUAAUUUAUUGAUAAAUAAUAAUACUAUUGUUUGUCAGUUCUGUUGGUAAUAUUGACACUGAGAUGAAAAAUGAAUUAGAAUCUACAGAGUUGGAUGGUUUUCUUAGUAUGCUUUUCGACUUGAUUAAAUUGGGAACAGCUAUGCAACAAAUAAUGACUGUAUCUUUUACCGAUAAAAAAGUAUGUAUAAUUGAAUUGUAUCUGUAUAGUAUCUUAAAUAUCCUUUAUUGCUUAUAUAGAUAUACCAGUGGGCUUGCAAUUAUCACAGUAACCCUUGUGAGCAUUCUAGUCCUGUAUCAAUAAUCUUAGAAGAUGAAGACGAUACCUCAGGUAAAUAAGAUAUUUGUAUGUAUAUUAAAUAUAAUUGAGUAAUUUUGUCUAUAUAAUAAUUUAGGUUAGAUUAUUUGGUUCAAGUUUGUUAAUGUUUUUAUUUAAUUGCUUGCUAUUAAUUAUGCUUUUUUAAAUAUUACACUCAUAAUAUAUAUAUAUAAGGGGGAGGGGGUAGGACAUAGAAAAUUAGAGUAAAGCAACCAAUUUUUACAGUUAAUUACUGUUACUCAAUACUGUUGGAAUGAGGAAGUUAUAUAACAGGUCUAUAGGUUAGUUUUUUAUGAGCAUAAGACCCUUUCUGGUUUCGAUAGAUAUCACUAAAACUAUCAAUUUUAAGGUAGGUAUAUUGGUACACCAAUUAGGUAGAUCACAUAUUGAUUUUUUUUAGUUAAUUGAAUUAAUAAACUGAUAAAAAAAAAAAAAAACAUUACAAUAAAAAAUCAAAUAAAGAAAUUUAAUUGAGUUUUUUUUUUUAAAAAAAAGUAAAAAUGAAAUUUGAUAAUAUAAGCAAAGUAGUGUGUGAAUUACACAUAAGAAGUGUCAUUAAAUUGUCACUAAUACAUAAUACAUAAUAAUCACCAAAUAAUUUUUCAUAAUAGAUAGGUUGAUAGAAUAUUUUUGUAUUUAAACUUUUGGUAUAUAUUAUUAUACUGUAUCUAUGUAUAUAAGUUCUACAUAAUUUUAAUUGGUUUUAAAAAAAGCUAUUCAGAAGGCAAUUAUGAUAUUAUUUAUGAUUGUAAUAAAACAGCAAAACCGAAUUCAAUUUCUAUCAUAUAGAAUAGCAAUAUAGAAUCAUAUAGCAUUUCUCAAUACUAAUUAAAUUAUUGAGUUGGUAUUUAAAACAUAAUAUCAUCUCAAAAAUAAAACACAUAGAUACAUUAUUAAUAUAUUUUAUUACAUAUUAUUAGUAUUAUGUAUAGGACAUAAAAGAUAUUGUGUUGUUUGGUGUGGUUAAAAAUUAUAAAAUAAAAAAGACGGACAUACUUCACAUGAUGAGUGCAGUCACUGUUGUUGGUGAGAAGUUGGGAAGGUUGGAUAUAGAGAGUAAAUAAUUUAUAUCUGUAAGCAACCACAGUCCAUUGCUUACUAAAACGGAGUUCAGUUAAUAGUGAUCUAUUGUCAACAAUAUUUAUGUCAUAUUAUGGUAAAAUAAUGAAAUAAGCAUUAUAUAUUUUCUUUAAUCAUACUUGUUUAAUAUUGUUGGUAUUUCCUGGAUUUUCAAUAUUUUUCCAGGUUUCUUAUGUUUUUUCCCAGUUUUAAAAAUUUGUUGGGCAAACUUUUGAGAAAAUCGUAAAAUGACCUCCUUAAUGUACCUUUCCAGUCAGAUUUCCUUUCAGAAAAAGUGCUAAUAUUGUAAAUCAUAACAAAAUUGUUAGUAGAAAUGUACACAGAAAAAAAAGGCCAUAUUUUUUACUAAUACCUACAUUUCGUAUAUUUUCCGUUUUUCUAACAUUUUAUUCUUAUGAAAUUGUAGAAAUUGCUUGAAAAAUAAUAAUAUCUUAUUUUAAUUUUAAUUUUAAUUUACAAAAAAAGAAUUCAUAAGUCAUAAUAUUACUUACCAUGAUUUCACAAGAAAUAAACAGCUCUAAACAAAAUAAAAAUAGUUUAUAAAAACAGUCGUAUUUUAAUCUGUGGUAUAAGUAUUAUAGUAAGGUAGAUUUAUAUAUCCACCUUGCAUUAAAGCCAUUAAAUUGAUCAAAAGACACGGAGGAAAAACAAAAUAAUCAUUGUAAAACACGUUUUUAUAAUUUAAAAAUAUGGGUUCCGGUUAUUUAAAAAGGUUUAAAUUCGGUUCCGGUCCCAAUAUUUUAAGGUUUUUUUACGUUCUAGAACCCAUUUUUUUUCGAUUAGGUUCCAGUCCCUGGUAUUAUAACUCUUUUUCUUUGUCCAAUCACCUUAAGAUUGGUGCUGCACAUUUUGUGUAUAUAUUUAGUAAAUUAUAUACUAUAUUCAGUGCUCAAAUUGAUAAAAAAAAAGAAGAGAGACUAUAGACAAAAAAAAAAAAUUAGCGUCCCUUGCAAUUAUUGGACUCAACUCGGGUAAGAGACAGCCCUCCACACCUCUCACCCCAAUUUUCAAACAUAAUUCAGGAAUUCAUAAUUUCCAAAAAUAAACACUACUUACUGCAAACUAACUUUUGCUUACAUAGUACCUACAUUAAUAGAUAUUUAUUUUAGAUUCUAAUAUUAUGAUGGUUACUACUAUUAUGAUCAUGUGUUUGUUCUUUUUCUGUAAAUUAAUAAUUUUUCUACCUGAAAUCUUUCUUUAAUUGUCAAAUUAAUAGAUGAUGGUUCUUAGUAAAUUAUUGUUGUCUGCUUUGUGCAAUAAGGAGGUUAUAUUUUGUUUCUCUAUAGUAUUUUUAAUUAUGAAGAAACACAUAGAAAAAACAUCAGGAAAUCUUGCAACUGUUAUAUUUACUGCUUCUAUUUUUAAUUCUAGUCUGUUUAUUCAAUGAAAAAUAAUCGUAGAGGUCAGAAAUUCCACUGAAUACUUUUAUAGGUAUCUCAUCAGCUGUUUCCAGACAUGGUGUCUUGUAUCCUCCACUGCGUCCACUUUAAAUAUAUAGCAAAGGUAGGUACACUUACAUUUCUGAAAAAUUAGUUGAGGUACUCUGUCCCCUCAAUUCGAGCACCAACAACUUCUUCUGCAAGUUUUGUUUUAAAUGGUUUAAGUACAAAGAACUUUUAUAGGUGAUCUUGGUAAAUCGAAAAUCAUUUACACUCUGCGAUUGCAUAUCUAUUUGUCCAAUUCAUAUUCAAAUACAAAUUAUAAAACAAAAUUAUUAAAAGUUAUUGCAGUGCACAAACAGUAGGUACUGUGUAAUUUAUAGCCUACAGAAUGUGUGUGUAUAUAUACUGUUGUCUUAUAUAGGAAGCUACCGACUAUUUCCAUUUUGUCAUCUUAGCAUUUUUAUUUCUAGCCGAGUUCUUACUAACAAUAUCUCUAUUAUAAUUAAUUAUGAUUACUAUACUUAAAACUACUCGCUUUUAUAUAACAAUUAAACAAAUAUUAUUAAAGAAAAUAUUUAAUGUACAUAUAAUUAUUUUACCAUAAUAUGACAUAUAUUGUUGAUAAAGCUUAACUAUCAACUAAACUCCAUUCAGAAUUGUUUUUCGCAAUGAUUUAUCAUUGUUUACAGAUAUAGGUACAUUAAAUUUCCCCUGUUCUAUCUUUCCAACUUUUCAUAUACAACAGUGACCCACUCACAUGGGAAGUAUGUCCGUUUUUUCUGAUUGAUCAGUUGUAAUUCUUAUUGAAUUCCUAUAUUUUUUUUUUUAGAGAGAGAGAGUCCUAUAAUAAUGCUUAAUAAUUAAUUCUGAUUUUAAUACUCAAUAUAACAGUUCUUAAUGAACUAAAUGAACUAAAUUACCUACUAAAUUGAAAACAUUAGUGUAACCUAAGAAAUUGAAGUUAACAAUAUUAUUUAUGAACUACAUUUAUGCGUUUAUAUUUUUUUCUUUUUUAUAAAAUCAAACACUUGUUUCAAUAUGUCGUUUUUUAUUUGAGUUGAACCAGGUACAAUUAGUCUUCUGAUACAUUAACAUAUACAUAUUAUAUUAAAUUAUUAUAUAUGUAAUAAACAUUUAAACAGCUAGGUAUCAAUAAGUAUUGAUUAAACAAUAAACUGCAUGUGAUUGAAAUUAAUUACUGAUCCAAUGUUUUAAUGUUAAUUUCCAAUUAGAGGAACCUUCAAAAACGAAAUUAAUAAAAUACAAAUGAAGUUUAAAGUAAACUAACAUCAAUUAUAGAUACUUGCAAGCGCUCUCAUGUUUAUCAAAAAUAUAAUUUUGAUAUUCAAAUUAAAAUAAAAUCUUCUUGUAUAGUAUUAUGUAUUUUAAACUGCAUCUGCAUCUUUUAUUUGGCCAUUUUUUCUUUUAAAAUAAUUUUUAAUUUUGAGAACAUCAAUAUGUGUUUUGAUGUUUUAUGUCUUAAAUAAUUUUGUUUCUAUUUACUUAAUAUAUUUUAUAAACAAUCAUAUAAAUGAUAAAAUAAUUAUAAUAACCCACUAUAUAAUUUGUACAAAUGUAGUUUCAACUAUAUUUUCAAUAAAAUUGUGUUUAUAAUGAUUUUCCCUUGGAAAUUACAGAUACAUUUAACCCAUUUGAAGUAUUUUCCCAAUUUAUUGUAUUUAAUAGCCAAAAUAAAUCAAAAUAAGUAGAUAUUUUAUAACAGUCUGAAACACCAUAAUCCGAAUGCGUAAUUUACGACUUGUCAAUUAUCACUAAAUUUAAAUUGAAAAGUCUAUGGUCAUAUUAGUUUAAAAUUCGUUUAAAAAAAAGUAAUUUCACGUGGUUUAGUGGUAAUAAUUACAGAAAGUUACUUGUAAUAUUUUCCGAAAAUGAUAAUAUUUUGGUAACAUAAUCCCGUCUCAUAAAUUGUUCGUAGAUGUUACUAUUAAAUACCUUAUUUUUUAUUUUUACUUUCCAUUUAGACUCUUAGCCACCAAAACUACUUCCUUCCAUUGCUCUCUAUCAAAUAUAGGAAUUAGUUUCAUUAUGGGCCAAUCCUCCAUCAACAAAUCUACUUUUAAGGGGCCGGGUAGUUUAAAUUAUAAAUUAUAAACAUAAAUAAUACAAAUAAUGGAGUUUUAAUACAAUUUUAAAUACAUAUCUAUUAUUACAUUAUAUAAUAAGUUAGACAUUUUUUUUUACAUAGUAGCUAGCCUUACAAUUUUUUUGAGAAAUUCACAUGGAAAUAUUUAACUGAUUCAUCAUUUAAAUAUUAUGUAAAAUUUAUUUUUCUAUUUUUUUUUUUUUUUUUUGGAUAAAAAUAUUAACAAUUUCUUUGAUAUUUAGAGGAAUGUUACGAUGAAUCGUCAUUCCUCAAAAACGUUUUAAGUCGACCUAGUGUUGAAAACUUCUUUCAAAAGUUUUAUCGUAUUUUAUUGGCCAUAAAAUUGUAUACCUAAAAAACAAUGUAGGUACGGGCCGCGGUUGAUGUCUUGAUGGUUAUGUAAUAUAGUAUACAUUAUGUAAGUAAUUGGGUAAACAAAGGUAUAUUUGUGAUAUUUCUUUGAGUAUUUGUAUCGAACAUACUUAUACAUACCUAUUUACUUGUAAAUAUCUACAUAGCGUUGUUGAGUGCAUGCGGUAUACAUUAACUGUUUACUAUCAGUAAAUAUCGAAAUUCAUGAAAUUACCUAUAUCACGGAAAUACCUUACUUGUCCCUAAAGCAAUAUGCAUAAAACGUUUUAAUUGAAUCUGAAAUGUUACUAUGGGCUCGUGCCUAGGGGCUCCCCCCCUUAUAUAUGUCACUCUCAUGAGCAUAUUUCCAUCCUUCUUCUUCUUCAGGUGCAUAUCCGAUUCUGAAUGUUGACAAUCAUUCCAGCAAUGCUUUCUCUGUCGGUUAACAAUUGUUAUAACAAUAUUUGUUCAGCUUUCCCAUUUAGUUUUAGAGCCAAGCACAGUAUGAUACAUCAGGUCUAUAGAGUAGUGGAUAUAAUCUCUUCUUCCCUUGAAAUUAAAUGUUUGUUAAAGCACAGAUGGAUGUAUAGGAUUCAGUUAUGGGGAUCGGCUUUAAUAAAAUUAUAAACAUAUCAAAAUAUCACUCUUCACAAAAUUAAAAAUACUGCAUCCUUUAUUUCUAAUUUGAUCCUUUACAAAGACCUUGAUAUUAAGACAAUAGAAGAAGAAACUGUAGUUUUCUAGAAACAAUUCUAUACCAGAUUAGAAAACCACGAAAAUCCAUUGAUUAAAGGCGGCUUACAUAAACCGUCCAUUCCAGGGAAUCCUCGUGUCGCAGACUUAACAAAAAAUAGUGUAGAGAUAUUUUAACUUAAUCAUCUUGAAGGAAAAUCCCUGUUAAGUGUCAUUAAGUGUCACUAUAAUUUGUCUUCUUGUAUUACCUAAAAUGACUGCCAUCUCCGUAGGCUAAUAUUGACUAAUUCUCAACCACCUCCACCCGGUGUGUGUGAUAUAUUUUUUUUACAAUUUUAUCCAGACUUAACUUAAAUAUAGUCGGGACGAGGCGUCACCUUGGCGUAAUCUUGAGUUGACUUUGAAAUCCGAUGAUAACUCUCCAAGAAAUUUCUCUUUAAAUACUGUUUUAAUAUUGCAUAGUUUUAUCAUAUCAACGUAUUUACUUGCUAUCCCAAAAGUAAUCAUUACUUUCCAUAGCUCUUCCCUUUUUAUACUAUCCUAUGCCUAUUUGUAAUCAACGAAUACCAUAUAAAGGUUUUGCCAAAUUCAUGAUAUCUUUAGAUUACUUGUUUUAGUGUGAAAAUUUGGUUUUUAGUUGAUCUUUUCUUCCUGAAGUCACAUUGGUAUUGCCUUAUUAUAACUUCUGCAUGAGGAGUUUUUAAAUAAAGACUUGAUAAUACUUUGCAGCAUGCACCUGACAAGGAGAUUUCUCGGUAACUGUUUAGUUUAAGUAUAUCCUCAUUUUUUAAUACUGAGAAAAAUAUAACCAUUUUUCUCUAGAAGUCUUUAGUUGUUAAACAAAAAUGUUUGAAAUUAAACUCGAGUUUCAUAAUAUAUUAUAUUUGGUAUUAAAAAAAAUAGUGUACAGGUAAAUUAAAAAUUAAUUUUUAUAAGCAUUUUAAUUUAAAAUUUUAAUUACGAUAAUACAAAUUACAGCAUUUAAAAACAUGUUAACCCGAACUUUACUCAGAAUUUUCCGAUUCGAUCUUCCCAACUUUCCACCUAAUAUUACUAACCCAUUAGCAGUUUAUUUGAGAAAAUUAUAAUUUUAUUAAAUGUAUAAUAUAUUGAUAUUAUUUCAAUAAUUAAUUUACUUCAAUAACUAUUCAUUUAAUUCAUUUUUUUUAAGGAUUCUUUUUCGAAAAGUUCAUAUUCGGAUGAGAAUUAUUAUUUUGUUAAACACAUUUUUUAAAUAAAAAUUUAAAUAUUUUUUAUUCACACGCAUUGAAAAUAUUGUUUCUUUUUCAGGUUAUUCUAUCAAAAAUGAGUUGAAUAAUGGAAAACUUUAUAAACAAAUUAAACAUACAAAUUUUUUGGAAGAAAUUGUUUUUUGGUCUUUAAAAUAUGAGUUUUCACAACAAAUGGUAUUCUUGUUAUUAUACAUGUUACCUGAUGCAAACUUUAAGAAAGCAUUGAUAGAAGCAUUUUGUAAACAAUAUAGUAUAAUAACACAUUUGAUGGAAACAGCCAAAAAUCAUGAAACUAUUUCUAAAAAUCUUGUUUAUAUAAGUAGUCAAUUAUUUGGUAAUGAAGAUUUAGCUUUACUCGUGGUAAACCAACAGGAUAUGCUUAGAGUAACUCUAUCAAAUUUAAGGAGCAUGAUGAAAAAAAUAUUGGUGCCCUCCACUCUUCACAGUAAUAAAAUUAAUUUUUGUAUCAUUUUUAAUAUAGCAUCAUACAAGAAAAAAAAAAUGCAUACCUUCUUAAUUUCUUUUAUAGAUUGGAUAAAUAAUACACAUUAUGUUGUAGAAUGGUCAGACAAUGUUUUAAGAGAACACCGUUUUUGGCCAUUGACCAAUGAUCUAAAUUUAAUGUUGAACUGUGAGAAGAUUGCAAUUAAGUUCAUACAUGAUGACCAUUUAUUAAAUUUAUGGUUUUCUUAUUUGUCUAGGUUUCAAGGUAUUGCGUUUUUAUUAUGGCUUUAAUUUAAUGAAAUAGUUUUUGCUCAUGAUUUUUAUUAAUAUCAUAUCCUAUUAUAAAGUUUAAAUUAGCUACAUUAACUAAUUACUUUAUAUUGUGUUGUAUAGGCAUGAAUGUAAAUGUUAAAGAGCUGAAUGAUCAUGUUGAAUACGAACGAACCAAAUUUAAUGCUUUUAGUAUUGAAUUUAAAGUCUGUUUUUAUACUUUGCGUGUAAUGCUAUUACAUUUCACAUCUACUAAUACUCUGCCUCAUGCAUACAUUGUUUUAAGGGCAAGUUUCAACAACUUGCGUCAAUGGUUGAUGAACAUAGGUUGCAUUCUUAACUAUAGAGUUAAUCGAUCUAGUGUUGACAGUUCUUUUAAUGUGAACUAUAUUGAAGAACACAAUACAUUUUCUUUUCAUUUGCCUAUGCAUAGAUUUUUGGCUGGAUUUUUAAGCCAUACAGUGCGUAGUCAAGGUAUCUGCAUUAAAUCAAUUAUACCAUAUAGCAGUGCAGCUGAUUCAAUUGAUAGAGAUGCGUUAUUGUUAGCAAUUUCUUCUCAUCCUCUUCAUAUCCAAGCAGUAUUCUAUGAAAUUAUGCAGAAAUCAUGGAUUCGCAAUGGCGGAAAUAUAAAACGCCAAGCUAAGGCAUAUUUCAAUCCAGAAUAUAGUUCGUACAUGGUAGACACUGAUUUAUAUUUACUUCAACUGUGUCUUUCAGAAUUGUCAGAUGCCAAUAAAUUUAUGUGUUUAACAUUAGAAAAGUAAUAGUUUUUUUUAUUAUUCUUUAAAUACUACUAUUUUAUAUUACAUUUAAAAAUAUUAAAACAAAUUUUUUUAAUAUUGUUAUUACUAUUUUUUGAAUUGUUAUAGGUUUAAUGCAUACAAAUGGAUGAAUUUUAUUAAAUAUAGAUAUUCAGGGAAAAUGUAUUCUCAGAAAGAAGAUGUAGCACGUAAUAUCGGAAAUGUGUUUGUAUUUCUUACCACCUUAGUAGGUGUAAGAACAAAUUUAUGUAUGUUUUAAAUUUUUCUAUACAAAAUAAGUACAUUUUAACUAUUUAAAUUAAUACAUGUAAAUUAUUUUACUAGGUUCUGAUGAAAUGUAUAAUUACUGCCAAUUUAAUUUGGAAAUGAUUACAUUAUUGUGUCUCUCAAAACGUACUCAUAGUCAAUUAAUGGCAUCUCUGCCUAAACGAUAUAGUAAUUAUAUCCCUACUUCACCCUAUACAUCCUCUACACACCAGUUAAAAACUGUAUUACAAUCUGUAAGUUUUAAAGAGUUUAUUUUGUAAGAGGUUUAAAAUAAAAUAGAUUAGUGCAAUGUAUAUCACUAUUGAACUAAUGUACCUGUGAAAGAAACAUUCUUAAUCAUGUCAUUUGUAUCAUGGAUACAUUAUAAUGAUUGUUUGUAGAAUUAAAAUAUAUUUACAUUUUUUUUCGAUUCUAUGUGGAGCGAAGCUUAUAGUUUUAUAAAGAUAUUUAUUAUUAUUACUGUUUAUUUUCUGUGGACAACUUUUCUACCAGAGAACUUGCUCCGAUUUUAACAUGUUGCACCAUUUCUGAACGUAAAUGAGUGUAGGAAAGUACUUAGGGAAUUUUUUUGAUUUUCUCAAGAGUUUUCUGGUCAAAUGCAAAAGACCAAAAAAAUAUGAAGGAUAAACAGGGAAAUGUACGAAAUAUAUAGUGUGUCCCACCAUGUUAGUCAGAUUUUUCUAGAGCUAUUAAUAUUAAAUAUUUUUAAAAUUUUUGUUUUAAAUCGGCUUGUCUUUGAGGGGGAAAUCGUUUUGGAAAAAAAUUUAAUUUUUAUUUUCAAUCCCUAAAAAUAUGAAAACAAACAUAUUUUAUUUAUUCAUUUAACUACAUUUUCAAAAUAACCAUUUUGUAAUAGAUAUGAUAGAUCAAAAUCGCCGCAUGGUAGUCAGUAAUUUCUAUCGCAAUAGUAGUUUAUUGAAUAUUAAUUGUUUUUAUACUUUUUUUUAGAAAUUAAAAUGGCUAUUACUAAGGAAAUAUUCAUUGGAUAUGAAUGUGUAAUAUAUUAAAAUAUUUAGAAUAAUAUCUAUGUUUAUUUUGAAAUUUUAGUUAAGUGAAUAAAUACAUUUUUCUUUUUGUAUUUAAGGCAUGAAAAUAAAAAUUUAAUUUUUUCCAAAUUGAUUUCCCCUCAAAAACAAACCAAUUAAAAUAAAAUUUUUUAAAUAUUUAUUAUUAAUAGCUCUAGAAUAAUCAUUGAUGGAAAAUGUCACACAAGUUUUUACAAAUAUUUUAAAUUGAAUUGUAACAAAUAACAAAAUUGAAAAAUAAUAAAAGCAUUAUUUUCAUGAAUUUCCCGUUUUUCAUACGUUUUAUCCUGGUUUCUUGAGAUAUUAUAAAUACCGCAUGAAAAAUUAAAAAAUGACCUUUCAAAAAUAUCAUCUGGAGAACAUUCCAUUUCAGAAAUGGUGCUGUGCAUAAAUAUCUGAGCAAAAUUUCUGGUAGAAUUUUUGCACACAGUAUCAAAAAAUAAAAAAAUAAACAUCUUAGUAAAACCAACACAUUAUUCGCUACACUCAGAAUCUAAACCGGUAGCUCAGAGUAGCCAUAUGCAACAUAAACCAUAAAUUAUUUUUGGAGGCUUGUAGUCCAAAAUUAACCCAUAUAUAGAGACCCAUGACAAGGGGCGUAAAUGCUUUCCCUGCCACUUUCCAAAUGUUGUCAUAAUGUAUGGGUUGUUUGUAUGUAUUGUAAUGUAUGGGUGUAAUUUUGUUCCAAUUUAAAAUGGUAACACUUUUUCUGAAAAAAAAUCUUACUGGGAAGAUACUUUAGAGAUUUCAUUUUUCGAUUUUCCCAGGAAUUUUUUAAAUAAAUGGGAAAAUAUGAGAAAAUCGGGAAAAACGGGAAAAUUUGUACAACAUUAAACAAAUAUUAUUAAAGAAAAUGUCUAAUUAAUUAUUUUACUAUUAUAUGACAUAUAUUUUAUUAAUAAAUCAUCACUAUAAACUGAACUGCACUCAGAAUCUUUUUUUUUUCGUUUGCAAAGAAUUAUUGUUGCUUAUAGGUAUACAUUAAAUUACUUAUAACAGUGUCUGCACCCUACCUUAUUUUUCCAAGACGUAUUUUUUCAAUUGUAUUUAAUUAUUUUUUAUUUUGUUGCACUAAUUUAAAUAGUUAGACAUUGUAAAAAAUAUAUAUCAUGAAAAUAAGAAAUUUUGAUUCUAUAGAUCGCUGAAUAUAAGAAACCAAACAUUGAUAUAAUAGAUAAGUUACACAAAGGACAUUAUGUGCCAUUAGCACAUACCUGGCAAAACUUAUAUGAUCCAGUGCAUGUUCUUUUAAGAGCUGGGAAUAGGAGUAGUUUUCAAACGUCUAUGGAUCAUUACACAGAUUGGUAUAUUGUACAUUUAUUUUCUAUUAAUACAUUUUAUUACUAUAGUUAUUUAAGUACAUUUUUACAUGAUAAUACACAUAAAAUAUAUAAAACUAUAGCCUGGAGACAAAACUUAAUCUAAUAUAUGCUGCUUACUAAGAUAUUUUCCCUAUAUUAAUUAUUUUAUGUGUAUAUUAUAAAUUACUGGUGUAAUAUAAUAUUUAAUUGCUAUACUAUUGUUUUGUGAAUAUUAAUUGAAAACAUUAAAAAACGUUUUAAAGUUUAGAAUUUUACAUAAUAUUUGUAUUUUUCUUUUAUUGUAUAGUAUGCAAUCUAUUGGAAUAUUGAAAAAAAAUCAAACUCCAUGGCCACCAUACAGGACACCACAUCAACAACAUCCAGCAUAUAAUGAUCCUCGCAGAGUAUUGUUAUCUAGGUUGUUUCAUACUGUUACCUGGCAUUGUCUAUACCAAUUAUUGGUUUAUGAAUUUAUUGAUGAACAUGUAUUAAGUUUAGUGAUUCAUUUAAUAGACCAGGCAUGGAUAUAUUAUUACUCUUCUACUGUUAAUGACAUCAAAUCUAGGGAUUGUUCCCUCAACACUGAAGAUAAUAUAUAUAAAAAAAAACAAAUUAAAAUACCAUCAAUAGAUGACAAAAUUCAAGAUUGGAAACUUCUGAUUGAUUAUUGGUUUGAUGAUGAUGAUUUGGUGAAAAAUCUAUGCACAACCAUAACUACUGAUGAGUCAGGAACAAGUUCAUCUAUCCCUGAUGGCUUAAAAAUUGGUGAGAAAUAUUUAAUUAAGAGUUAUUAUAUAACAUUAAAAUUAAUUUAAUGGUUAAAGAUUUUUCUUUAAAAAGAUUGUGUAAUUUUGAUUACAUAAUAACUUUCGAGUAUAAAUUACUUGACUAUUUAGGUAUAUCAAUGUAGAGGUUUUAUUAUAAAAUAAUACACUUACUACAGAUGAUGGUUAGACUAUGAAUAAUAGGUUUAAUAAUUUAAUUAUACUAAUACACACAAAAUGUGAAUAAAACGAAGACAUAAUCUGGACAAUUUUUAAAAUAAGAGCUGAUUAUGCUGAUGAAAAUUUCCCCUCCACCUUCUCAACUUCACACCUACAACAGUGGCUUACCCUCGUGCGAAGUUUAUCCGUCGUUUUUUUUUUUUGCUGGUGAUGCCAAUAUUUUUGAGACAAUUCAAUUUAUAGAACAGUGGUUCCAAAACUGUGAGACAAUUCUCCUUUGGGAGAUGCAAGUAUUUAACAGGGGAGUUUUAAUAUUUUUAGAUCAACAAUUAUUUCAUUGAAACGCGAUUUUGUGAUCAUAUUCUGCAAUUUUAUGAUAGAGUGGAUGCUUUUAUUAAAAAAAAUCGACUUGUGCAAUUUAAAUGACUAAACCACCUGUUUUCUACUUUUAAAAUAUUUUCUUUAAUAACAAACGGUUCAGUAGUAAUAAUUUUCUGAAAACACUUAAAAGAAAUUUCUUGAAAUAGUUUUUAGAAGAAAUCAAAUAAUACUAUUGGGUUAAAAACCAAUCUACUGAAAAUCCAUUAUCAAAUGUUACAACCACAGUGGAAGAAUAAAUUAUCAAUCGACAAUUCAUUUAAUUUUUUGUUACGAAUAAAAUGUUUUUCAGUUAUUUUUAGGAUUUUGAAAUAACAUUAAAGAUGAAUAAGUGCCCUGAAGUUACCAAAAAAGUUUUGCGUGUAAUUUUCCAUUUAUUAUAAAAACUCCUAGGAAAAUCAAAAAAUUACAUUCCUAAAGUACCACGCUAAUCCGAUUUCCUUUCAGAAAAAGUGCUAUACUUGAAGAUAGGAGCGAAAUUUCUAGUAGAAAAGUUGUUCAAAAAAAAAUAAAAUAAAAUAUAUCAUUAUAAAACCAAUACAUUUUUUCCCUCUGCUCAGAAUCUAAAAUAUCAAUGACUAGGAGAUAAACCGUGUGAGUACCAAACAAGGUACUCAUGGCAGUUAACUUGUCAAACAGAAAACGCUUGUUCGUAUUAAGAUUAAAUAAUAAUAGUCAUUAUUUUUUCUUCGUACAAAUAAAAAUAUUUUGUAAUAUUUUAAAUUUAAAUUAAAUAAUAUGUUUAAUUGAUUUAUUUCAUCACAUAAAAAUAAACAAUUUUGAAUAUUAAAAUAAAACAAAUUUUGCAAUUAAUUUAUUCUUGAGAGGCGCGAUUAUUGAUUUUUACUUUUAGGGAUGCGAGAACCAAAAAUGUUUGGGAACCACUGUUAUAAAAGAUAAUUUACAAUAACAAAAAGAUUUAAAUACGUUGAAUGUAUGAUGCAUUAUACAUUUUCUCCCUUUAAGUAUUAACAAAUGCCAAGUAAUUAAAUUCUUAAAAUAACGCACAUCAAUUACUGAAAAAUGUAUGUAUAACAAUAGUCAUAAUUAAGUAAAGAUUUAGCCAUUUAGGUGUAUUGUUUCAUUACAAAUUAUUACUUAACUCCCACCUAUUUAUAAUUAAAAAAUACGAACAUAUUUCACAUGUGGGUGUAGCUAGUGUUCUAGAUGAGAAGUUAGAAAGGUAUUAGAAAGAAAAUCUAAUGUAUAUCUGUGAGCAAUGAUAAAUCAUUGCUAACGAUAAAGGAUUCUAACGGAGAUCAGUUGAUAUUAAUGCUCUGUCAACAAUAUAUAUGUCGUAUUAUGAUAAAAUAAUUAAAUAUUCUACAUAUCAUCUUUAAUAGUAUUUGUUAAAUGUAUCGAUUUUUUACCCGUUUUUUCAACGUUUUUCUCGGUUUUUCACAUUUGCUGGAAAAAGUUUUGAGAAAAUCCAAAAAUGGCCUCUCUAAAAGACCUCUUCAAUCAAAUUUCCUUUUAGAAACAUUACUAUCAUUAUAAAUUGAAGCAAGACCUCUGGUACAAAAGUUGUCCACAGAAAAAAAAUAAACAUCCUUGUAAAACAAUAAGCUUCUUCGUUCCACUCAAAAUUUAAAAUAAAUGCAAAAUAUAUUUUCGAAACUCGGGUUUGAACUCAAGAUUCCUAGAAUGACAAUAGGUAAAACAUUAAAUCUUUUAAAUAUUCUUUAAAGGAAUAUAUGGAGUCAUUUAUCAUAACAUAUAAUAUUAGAACUUCAAGAAGCUAUAAUUUCGAAACUUUGUCAGUUGGCUCAAUUCUGACUUCACCGUCGUUCUUAAAUCAGCAAUAUACACAUGUUCAAAACAAAAAAAAAAUUGGAAAAUUUAUGUGAAAAAUUUGUUCUACAUAAUUUUUUACUCAUAUGUUUUUCGUCAAAAUUUAUUAUUAGAAUUCCUUUAUAAAAAAAAUACACAACUCAGAUUAUUUUUGACCACAAAGUAAAAAUUUUAAUGAACCACCUAUUUAAUUUUCAAGUAUUUCUGUUAAGGCUAACAAUUUUACUACAAAGUACCUACCAAAUAAAAAUUACGUACAAAACUCGUAAAAUUAAAAUAUUUAACGUUACUUACAGAUAUACAUUAAAUUACCUAUAACAGUGGCUGCACUCACCUCCAUUAUCCUAGGACGUCUUUUUUUACUUCAACUUCAUUAUAUUAUUAUUCCAUAGUUUAUAAAUUAUUUUAUAAUUGUAUAAUACAUAAUUAUUUAUUAUUUAUUUAUUCAAAUAUUAUUAUUAUUCAUUUCAAAUAUAGUGGAAUAUUUCUUUUUUUCGAUAAAAAUUUAACAAAUCAGUUAAAUUUAAUGAUAAUAAACAGUAAGUAGGUAAAUACAGUGGAAUCCGCUUAAUGUGGCCACCGGUUAAUGCGGUAGCCGCCUCAUUUGGGCAUAAUAGUCUGGUCCUGAUUUUAAUGUAUAACGAUACUCAUUUCAGUUAAAAUAAGCAACCCCUUAAUGUGGGUAAAUGUAACUGGCCCCAACGUGCUCACAUUAAGUGUAAUUUACUGUAUAUAGUUAAAUUUAUUUUUUUUUUUUCGUAGAAGAAAAUCACACGAAAAACGAACAUUCAUCUUUACCCAUUAAUGAGAGUAUCAUUUCAUUGCUGUUGAGAAUACACUCGAACUUAUCUAAUAAACCAGAUUCUUAUCAGCCACCUUCACCUACACAGACAACAGAUUUAGGUUUAAUUGGUAAAAUGAAGUCUACUAAUCAGUUCAGCACAGUUGCAAAUGAUCACCACGAAAAGGAAAUAGAAACGUCACCAUGUGGUGAUGGAGUAUAUUAUAUAGGUCGUUUGUUAGACAAAAUGACUAUAGGGUCCACAUUGUGUUAUGAAUGUGUAUCACGUACCCGCCUAGAAUUAUGGCCAAGAACGAUGAUCGUGAAUGAAACAACACAGAAAGAAGAAGAUAAUAAAAAACGUAAACGAAAGUUGGCUGUCAUGGAAGAAAUGGCAAAAUGUCAACAAGCAUUCAUAGAAAGCACACAUAAUUUAGGCGAUUUAGAUUCUUCAGAUAUACAUUUACAACCUAAUAUUUAUAACAAUGAAAAUGUGCAAUGUGACAAACUUGCAGCUACUGAGACCUUUUCAAUAAAUAAUGCAACUACCAUUAACAUUGAUCAUAACAGCUUGUCUGUGGAUUGUGCUAUUUGUAAGAAGUCCAUGGUUAAAGAGAUGAAACCUAAUUUUCAGUAUACAGAUGCAGUAGGACUAGUAAUAUUUGUUCAAGUAUGUUAUUCAAUUAUUAUUACGAUAAUAAGGGUUUUAAAUUUAAAUGAUUUUGAUUUUAUACUAAUAAUAUUAUUUUAACUUUUAUAUUUUAGGGUACAAACAUAUUGGCUCAUAGGCGUCAUUUACUAACCCAACCAAAAACAACUAAUACAAGUUAUAAAAACAAUGACAUAGAUUCCCAUAAUACAGAAGAUAAACAAAACUAUUGGCCCACUUUGUCAUUGUUGCAACAAUACAAUGAAACCUCUUAUGCAUCUCAUUAUGAACGCCGCAGUGAUUUGAUAACACAAUACUAUAAUGUAAGUUUUUUUUUCUUUUAAUAUUAUUGACUAUUGUAUAAUUAACCUUUAAUUAAAAAUUAAAAAGCAAUAGUUUUUCCGUAUUUGAUUGCGUAGGGUAAAAGUUGUACAUACUGUUCAUAAAGCCCCUGUCAAGUAUAGGUACAUGAUCAAUAGUAAGAAUAUUAUUACUAUCGUACUAUUAUGUGUUCUACAGAAUUGCCUAAAAACAUAAUACUGUUGGUUAUAAAUACUAUUUGUUUAUAAUCAUUGAUAAUAUUAUAUAAAUUAUAUAAAUUCUAAUUUCGAUAUAAUUCAAAAAAAGUGCGUUUAUUAUUUCAUAAUAAAUGUAGAUUGCAAAUACCAGGGACACUAAAUUUCAUAAACCCGGCCUCUACAAUAUUAUGAGUGAAUCGGAUGGGCAACAGAGUUUGAACUGGAGACUAUAGUCUGUUUUCUUAUCUACAAUUAUAAUAGCAAUUAACCUAUACAAAAUAUCAUAAUAUAGAUUAUAAGUCAAACACACGAUAUAAUUUGUAAUUUAAAUAGAAUUAAGAUUUCGAUAUGAAUCCUUAUUUAUAAUAGAUUAUUAUAUAUAGGUAUAACACGGGAACGGGUAAAACAGUCGAAAAUGUUGUAUAAAAAAAAAGUUUUCUUGUAAAAUACCUGUUUUGUUUGUGCUAUUUUGCUCUUUAUAACUUUAUAAUUUCCCCUCCAAAAAUCUAUCGCGACCCACAUAGUCUCACUUUUCAAAAAGUAGUUUAUGCAAGCAGCAGGGAAAAUCUUAAAUUUACCUCCUUAGAGUACCACUCCAGUCAUAUUUCCUUUCAGAAUUAUGUUUUUAGAAUUCUAAAAACAUACACUUUUUGGAAUCUAUAUAGGCAAUUCAAAACAUUUUUCGCGACCUACCAUAAAUUGAUUCGGGAAUCACCAGUGGGUCGCGACCCACAGAUUGAGAAACGCUGGUAUACAGUGAUUGUAAUGAUAUUUAUUGUACCUAGAUUUAGGACCUUUACUAUAGUACAUUAAAUUAUCAUAGGUGCAAAUUAUUUUGACACUAUAUGCCAAAAAUAACAUUUUUUACUAACUUCCUAUAAAUUAUAAAAAUACUAUAUAAAAACAUUUUUUUUUUUUAAGUUCCUAAAUCUUAAUUUAUUAAAUACUUUUUAGUUUUUAACUCUACUUUGAGUUUUCAAUUUUCAAACAACAAUUUUAAUUUUCCAAUAAUUCAAUUGAAUGAAUAAUAGGUACUGAUAUUAAAAUGUCUAUGAAUUAUUGUAUGUAUUAUUCAAAAUAAAUUUCAUUAAUAUUAGGUUACCAAUAUUAAUUAUUAUAUACUAUUAUUGUAAUUAUUCUGUUAAAAGAAUUUGAAUGAAAAUGAUUUGAAAAUUGGAGCUGUUACUACUACAACUAAUGACUCUGCACAGGAAAUUAGUGGAAAUGUCCACAUACAGACAUGUGGGCAUUAUCUUCACUGCAAGUGUUUAGAUAAGUACUUAAAAAACUUGUCUCAAAAUCAAUCUACCAGGUAUAUAGUAGAAGUAAUUUGAGUAAUAGCUAUUUAUCAUAUUACUCAUGGUACCAUAAUAAUUUGAGUAUAAUUAUAGUUUUUAAUUAAAUCUACAUUUUAUUGUAGAUUGGGAUAUGCCUGCCCAGUGUGUUGGCAGAUUUCAAAUUCUGUUUUGCCACUAAUGUCAUCAAUUAAACCACAUUGUGAUAUUUCGACUUCUAGUACGUCAACUCUAUUGACAGAUGUUAUAAGUAAAUUAACUGAACUAAUAGAACAGGAUGAUAUUCGUGGAAACAGUCAUAGGGUUAGUAUUUACAACAAUGCUAUAUAUUAUGUACUUUUUUAUCAUUAAUUUUUUUGCUUUUUAUAGCAUCAUAUAGAUAUUAAUGAAAAUAAUUGUUUAUUGGACUAUGCUAAUAAAUGUGUAAAUCAUAUGAUUGACAUUUCACAAAGAUUGCAUAUCGUUGUUCCUGAUACUACAGUAUUAGUUCAGCAGCCAUUAACAAUGGCUAGUAAAAGAGCAAAACACUUUAAUGAAAAAUGGCAAAGCAUUAUGUCUGUGGCAUGGACAAAUAUUCAAAUGGAAGUAGUUGUUGAAGAUAAAAACAAACUGUCCAAAAAAACUUGCAUAGGUAUGUAUUUUUUGUGUACACAUAAUCAAAAUAUUUUUAUAAGUAUUAAUCUAACACAAAUUUAUAUAUAAUAAAUUAAUUAGUAUCAUUCAUUAAAGUAAAGUUUAAUUUAAUAUUCAUAAUCAUAACCAUCUUGGUAUUCUAUAUCUUAUAUGAUAUUACAGAAAAAAAUAUAUUAGAUAACUUGAAAAAUUCUUAUGAGUAAAUAAAAUGUGAUAAUAAUGAUGAGAUUAUAAAUAUACAUUUAUGCAGUCAAGUUUUCAAUGAAAUAUCUGUUUUUUUUUAAAAAUUACUUGUAAUUAAACACAUUAAAAUGUUACAUUGUUCUUAUUUUUGAAAGUGAAACCAUUAGGUACUCAUCGAUUUUCAAGUAACAACAUGUACCUACUAAAAAUUUCAUGCAUUCACAGAUUAUUAAUUGUGUAUAUUUUAGUUUUGAUAUUUUUGAUUUCUAUCAACCCAUUGAGAAGAUAUUUCACUUUUAAGUUUGGGUGGGGAGAAAAGUGUAACAUUUUAAAACACUUAGUCAUAUUAUUCUGAGUGAAUUAAAGGAUCUAUUAGUGUUAUUAUGUAUGUUUUGAUUUUACAAUGGUGUUUAUUUUAGAUUAUAAGUGAAGUGAAGAAGCUUAUAGUUUUACAAUGAUAUGUAUUAUUAUUAUUUCUAUUUAUGAAUAAUUUUCUACCAGAAAUAUUGCUUUAAUCCAAAAAUGACAAAUUUUGUUCCUUUUAAUAUUUUACCACUAACAAUGGUAUAGCAGCUAUGACUGUACAACAAUUUCAUUAUUUGUAAUUUUUACGUCUUGUUUACCACAAAAAUAUAUUACUCUAUCAGAAAAAUGAUAAGAGAUACUUUUGUUAAAUUUUUAAUCAAAUUGGUGACCAAGAAAUUAGUUUUUUGAUUUUUUUUUUUUUUUUAAUUUAAAAUAAUAAAAGCAUUAUUUAUGUAAAUUUUACUGUUUUUAUUGUGUUUUAUCCCGGGUUGAUGGAUGAGUGUAUUUUUGGAUUUGAACUCACCUAUAUAUCUCGUUUUAUUCAUACAUUUUGUUAGUAUCAAGGAUGUGAUUUAUGAGAGUUAUAACUUUCAAUCCAUCCUUAUCAUUUGUUUACUCAAAUUUCACCAUUUUUUUCGUUAGUUGUAUAAUGGUGUCUCCAUUACUCCAUUGGAGGACGCAUGGCCCAUUCAGCUCUCAAGCUGCUAUUGAAUUUAAAUCUAGCUGCAGAUUCUCUUUGCAACAUUGGAAAAAACAUCAGGAAUGGCAACUCAUUAAAAACAUGCCAAAUAAUUAUUUUGGAUAAAUAUAUGGACCAUGGUCCAUUAAAAAGGACUUGAGAUACUUGAUCAUACUCUGAAAGAUUUUCGAGGCGAUUAAUGUCGAAGGGAUAGAGCUUUAAUAUUGUUCUCCGAUGAUUUCUGGCAAACUUUGCCAAUCAUUCCAAGAUCAACACCAGCAGGCUAGCUGAAUGCAAAUUUGAAGAAUUUAGCCCUCUGAAGCCAUGUUAAGAAAAUUAAAUGUUGACCAUUAUGCAUGUGCAUUUACUUGAGGAUAUUUCAGCACAAAUAUGUUUAAAGCAAAUUUGAAUAUGGAAUAAUAAAAAACUACUGGUUGAUCCUGAGUCACAGGAGAUAUCGCUUCCACUGAACUUCUGUAAACUUCAAGUAUCAAUUGAAGAUCUGGAAAAGAGAGUUUUCUCGAACAUUGUCAAUAAUUUCAGGAAUUACGAGUGACUAUGUGACCAAGCUAUUCUAGCUCAAAAAAAUAAUUUGAUUCAAUUAAAAAUUCCUGGUUUGGUUAUGAAAUACAAAUCCAUUGAAAUAGUUAUAGAAGAGAAUCAAGCUGUUAAUUAUUCAAUAAAAUUCCUCUAUUCAUUGGCGCUUGCUAGAAUGCCACCCCAUUAUCUCCAAUGAAUGUCAGAUCGGUAAUCAUAAAUCAUCAAAUAUCAACCUACCACGUCUUUGUAAGGGUACUGGGCUUGUGGUGAAGAAUCUGAUGAACCACGUCAUUGAAGUAACAAUUCUUAAAGGAAAUGAUGUUUUGAUACCACACAUCCUGAUUAUUCCGAUAUACAUGCUGUUCAACUUAAACAAUUGUAAUUUCCAGACAUAAUGACAUGAAAUUCUAACUUCAAUUGUAACUUAGAUUAUUUAUAUUGAUUAACGGUUAAAUGACAAAUUAGUACACUUUUACUUUUUAAUCUUCCGAAGGUGGACUACAAACUUUCUAUUUAUUAUUAUUUAUUUUUUUAAUGGCAACAUAAGCAGGAAUACAAUACAUAAUGAUUUAGCAACAUCAAUAUUCAGUAAUAGCAAAACAUUGCUGGAUCGACAGAUUUAUUAUAGUAUUAGACUUUUUGGUUUCUGCGGUGUUUUUUAUGUUAUGCAAAAAUACUACUCUGAUACUUUGAAUAACAUUGAACUUUGUUUUUGUAUUGUUUUUAAUGAUACAGUAUCAGAUAUGCUUCUGUAAUUAUUUUAUUUUAUUUGUUGCAGGGCCGUUAUUAAAAGUCUUGCAUUUAAGUGCACAGUCAUUGUUAGCAGAAUACUCAAAAUCAGAAAGAAAUCCACUGUAUGAUAUUUGGUACAAAUUAAUUGGAAGUGAACUGGCUCAAGAGUUUCAUCCACCAUUAUUAAUGCGUGAUCCAUGUAUCAUACUUUUACAGCUUGUGUUUUUAUUUCCUACUUUACAGCCUGGUUAGUAUAAAAUAUAAUUUAUUAUGAUAUAUACUUUUUUUUCUGUCGAGAAGAUUUAAAAGACUAUCAAUAACCUAGGGGAUUUCUGGUAGUAUUUUUGGUCUAGUUGUUACAUCCAGGAUAGUCAUUAGUUAAGUUUUUGAAAUUCCUUGUAUAUUUUUAUAAUAUAUGUAAAAUAGGAUGAAAAAAUACGUUCUAUGGUAAUGGGGACGAGUGCAACACGAUAAACCAUUGCUAACAAAAAAACGAUUCUGAGUAGAGUUCAGUUGAUAGUAAUGCUUUGUCAACAACAUAUAUGUCAUAUUAUGGUAAAAUAAUUCAUUCGGCAUUAUAUAUUUUCUUUAAUAAUAUUUGUUUAAUGUACCAAUUUUCCCUUUUUUCCAGUUUAUCUUCCCUUUUCUCCUGGUUUUUCACAUUUGUUGAGAAAACUUCUGGGAAAAUCGAAAAAUAACCAGUUAAUAAAGUACCUUCUUACACUGAUUUCCUUUCAGAAAAAGUGCUAAACUUAAAAAUGAUCUCUGGUAUAAAAGUUGUCCACAGAAAAUAAAAAAUAUACAUUUUUGUAAAACCAUAAGCUUCUUCACUCAGAAUCUAAAAAUGGAAUGUUUUGUGUUAUUGUUUUAGGUAAAGGAUAUAGUAUUUAGUUAUAAUAUAUUUGAAAUCGUUUAGACAGACCGAUCAACGAAAUUUUAAAACCCGUUAUUUUAAUUUUAAUUUCUAUAUGGCGAUUAAAAUUUAGCCACUAAGCACACAUAUAUGGAGAUAGUGUUCUCAAUGAUUUACACUUGAAUUUUGGAUUUGUUUACAUUACUUUUCUCAUGAAAAGUUUGCUUACUAAAUAUUUAUAAUGGGUUAUAAUCAGGGUUCAUAACUUGAAGCUCUAAAGAAAAUUAUUAUACAAGCAAUUAUGUGCUCUUAAUUACAUUAAUAUAAGUGCUUAAAUAUUCACUAUAAAUUUUAAAAUAUGCUAAAAAAUUCUAUUAAAUAGAAUGAGGCGUUCUAAACAAGACUGGUGAAUUUUACCAUUUUGGAUGUAUGUGGAGACAAUAAGUGACAGGGAGUACCAUGGUACAUAAUAGUUGCAGGUGAUAUAACUUUUAUAGGAGAAAAAAGUUGGCAAUAAGCUUGAUAUAUGAAGUGUAUCAUCUGUAAGAAAGAGACUAAGGAUAAGUAGAAGUAAAACGACUAUAUACAUUAUGAGUUUGGAGUAACAGAACAAGACACCUGCAGACAAUAUGUGGGGACCUUUUUUUUAAGUACCUCAAAUGUUUUAUGUGACAACGAAAUUCUAAUGAGACUUAAAGGUACUAUGUUUUAUUGUUCAAUAUAUUGGCCAGAAAAAAAUAGAACAGAUAAUAAGUGUAGCAGUGUUGAGAAUAUUUAAGUGGAUGAGUGGAGUGAAGAGAGAAGGUAUGAUUAAGAGUACAUAAAAGGUAUCUUAGGCGUGGUUUCGAUAGUAUACAAAAUGAGAGAAAACAUAUUGAACAUGGUUUAAGGAUGUUAUGUGAAGAAAGAAAUCAGAAGGGAGGGCCAUAGAAUCCUGGAAUAUUAUAAUCCGGACUGUAAUUUUUGGAACGGAAUACUCCGGACUGCAUGAAAAAUUAAAUUCCUAAUUAAUUCCUCUUAAGGUAACAUAAAAAUAAUAUUGUAUUGGAAUAAGGAAAUAAUUGCAUUGCAUGUAUCAACAAUUUUUUGAAAUCUGUAUUAUAAUUUGUAUGUUUUCAAAGUUGUAAACAUUCUAUUUUUAUUUUGAAUACAUAAUACCAAAACUGAUUUCAACUAAAUAAUACUCCAUUGUCAUUUGAAAAUAAAAAGUAGAUAGUGGUUUUAUCCGCAAAAUUAAUGGUGAAAAAAAAUAACAUAAAUGUAAAAUUGUAGAGCUGCUCGUUUCUUAAAUGUUUUAUAAAAUAAAUUCUUAAAAAGUUGAUACUUUCCGAGAUAAUGAAUGUACCUACUUAAAUGUUAACUUAAAUGAUUACCUUGUAAGUAUAUUUUGUUAAUAAUUUAAAAAAUUAUAAUAUAAUAUAUUAAAUAUUAUGUUUACAAUCAUUUAUUAAUUUUUCUUUUUCAUUAUAAUAUACCUACUAAAUAGGUACAGCCAAAUUUAAUAAUGUAUAAUUUUUUUCUAUCAAUAAACUAAUAAAGUAAUAACUACAGUAGUGGUUAUUAACUUAAAAAUAAGUGAUUUGAUUAAUAUAGUCUAUUGUCUUAAAUGUUAAUAUUUCCAAUAAGUAUUUUUUUUUUAAAUUGUUUUUUAUGUGAUUUUAACCAGGUUUUUAAAAACCAGAAAAAGUAAAAACAAUAUUUUUAUUUUUAUAUAAUGGUUUUUAGUUUAAACAUGCAUAAUAAUAUGGAAAUAACGGGACUAAAAAGGGUCUAUCUUCUAGAAAUGGGACAAAAGGCGUUCCAUUCAAAGUUCGUCGGGACAUUGGGACAUGAUAAUCAAAUAAGGACAAACUCGUUUUAAACGGGACGUAUGAUCACCCUACCCGUUUAUUAAAAUUCGGUCCAUAAAAAAUAAAAUAAAAAUGAAAUCCACAAUGCACCAACUAGAUCCAAAAUUAAAAAAAACAAAUAUAUAAAUGUCUCUAUAACACGGUUCGUCACUUUACUGAAUAUAUAUAUAUUUUUUUUUUUACUUAUAUAGAGCAGUUUGAUUCCUUGGUUAAACUUGCGUACAAUAUGCAAAUUUACACGACUGCAUUGAAAGUAGCCACUGAAAUUGAGUGCCACGACUACAAUAACAAAACGGGUAUGUACAAAUACAGCAACAGUGAUAUUUCAGCUCUUUUAUCGUCGAUAAACAUGACUCAAUUUAAAAAGGCUUCAUUAACGUCACAACCGACACAGUCUUUCUUUUCAAAUGCCGUAGUUUUGGCAAUAAAUGUAAUGUUUUCGUCUCAAACUGACCAUGUUCUUAGAGACGAUAGAAUUAUGAAUGACAAUGACGAAAUUUUCACGAGUGACGAAAAUGAAAAUAUGUUAGAAUCGUAUGCGAGACAAUCAUCUUUGCCAUUUUUGAGAUUUGCCGCAAUAUUAAAAAAAUAUACGUAUGGAAAUGAUUAUCUAGAAGAGUGCAACGUUGAUUCGAUAACACAAUCGUCGUCGACACUGAGCAACAAAACGCAGCAAUCUAAACUUUGCAAGCGUAGAAAAGUUAAUAUCAACAAUUCCACCGAUAUUAUUAAACCAUGUCAUUCUCAAAAUCAGCAGCUCUGUCGUGACCACUGGUCACAAGACGAUUACGAGUUCCAAACCCUCGCCCAAUACUUAAAAUUACUCAAUGACAAACAUAAUAAUUUACCUUGUGCUGAAAACAAUAUCGGUGUUAGCCAAGCCGACGGUAAUAUUGUCCAAUGCAGUACAUUGGUUACAUCGUUCAAGCCUCCGUCUGUAAUGAAAGCGGUUUUUUGGCCAAAAUCAUCGAAUAUCAUCGAUACGGAAUAUAAUUUUACGACGACCAUUCCCCGCGCUUGGUUGAUAUCUUUCCGUGAAUCAUUAGCGAUUAAAAUAGGUAAACGUUCGAAGAUCACCAAUCUGGUCGAUAUCCCAAUGGCUACACGACUUUUACUUGGCAUGGAUUGUUGCGGCGGUGGUGGUGGUCCUAUCAAAGAAACCAGCAAUGGUAACAAUGGACGUUACGAUUUUUCAUCGUUCAUCAAUUGGACGGGGCCUCGAUUAUUAGGACUACCAAAUCUAUACAGCGACGUGUUCUAUUCCUAUUAUAACCGGCCCUGUAUAAAGUGCAGUUCUGUGCCCAGACAACCCGCCAUAUGCCUAGUUUGCGGAACCAUUGUAUGCUCGCGGUCAAUUUGUUGUAUUGAAAAUAAACCUUUAUGCGAAGGAGUACAAGUAUGUAUACAUUGCAGUAACAACCUAAAUUAUUCAACAUAGAUACAUUUUUUUACAAAAUAUUAACGUUUAACUCGCAAUUAAAAAAUAUAAUAUAAAGUUUUUUUCUAUCUAAGAAAAUUUGACCAUGCCAUUCAAUUUUUUUUUUAAUAUAAAUAAAUUAAAACCUGGAGUUAGUUUUAAACAAAACUUUGAGGAUAAGUCAAUAUUUUUUUUAUUUAUAUUUAAAAAUAAAUAAAUAUUAACUACAAUUUUUACAUGCAGCAUAAACAAAAUCUUAGGAGUAUAUAUAUAUAUAUAUAUAUAAUUAAAAUUCUGUCUGUUUAUCUGUUCGCUAUACAAAUAUCUAGUUUUACUUGAUGAAAUACAUACUGAAUGGUACUUAUUUGAUCAAUAUAUACUUUUUAUCUUGAAAUUUAUAUGGUGGCUUACAUCCAUAAAUUCACCAAUUCAACCGUGGGGAAUGGCCGACGUCCGCCGCGAGUGACGCGCAGCGGGAAGAAGAAAUGUAGCGCGAAACCCGCCACAGUAUCAUUGAUAUUAUUUAUUCUAGAAAACGCACGGCCCGAACAUACAUGAUUAUAAAAACACUACAAUAUUACUAUACACGAUACGGUGUAGUGUGAACCCUCCAUUAUGUUUUCCGUUUGAUAACACCAAUGGGUAUAUGCAAUAACCUGGUAUAUUUCAAUCUUUUAAGUACCCUUUUCAAAAGAUAAAUAAACUACUUUGCAACAACAAUUAACAAUGAUAGAGAUAAGAGUGGAAACAAAUAUCCACGUUAACCAAUGUAAAUUAUGAAUAAAACUGUUUUAUCUACUUUCGAUUAAAUUAUAGUUAAGAAGGACAAAUUACCUUUUCAAAGAUCUAGGUAUUCCAUUAUUUUAUAUUAACAGUUAAGCCAUGGCCGUUCAUUAAAUUUAUACAUAAAUACACAUUUACAUAUUAAAUUAUUGUACUACUAAAUUUUUUGUGUUAGCACUCUCGGGGCUGCGGCAAUGGAACUGGUAUCUUUUUAGAUAUACGUACCUGUUCAGUGAUAGUGAUCCGGGAUAAAUAUUAUUGCUUUUGGGGAUCUCUUUAUCUGGAUGAGCAUGGCGAAGAUGAUUUCAAUAUUGAGUAAAUAUUAAAUUUUUAUUUAAAUAAAUUUAGUAUGUAUUUACUUAUUUGCUUAUUAUUAAAAAACAGGCGCGGAAUACCCCUACGUUUGAAUACCAACCGGUACAAGCUAUUAGAACGUCAGUGGCUGACUCACAGAUUGGACUUUGUAAAAAGGCAAUGGAUGUUACACAAUAAUAAAUUUUAACAACUACAAGGAUAAGUUGGUGAAAUACCAGUUACUUAUACAUCCAAUAACAGUGAAUGGUAUUAAUUCAUUAACAUAUUUGUUGAAUAUCAUUCAUUAAAACUUAUGGCUUUUAUUUCAAUUCUUUAAACAUUUUAAUAACUCAUAAUGAGCUACACCUAUAUUUUAUAUUUUAUUUUAUUGUAUCUAAUAGUUAAACUAUACAUAUAUACAAUGUACAUAAAUACACAAUAGAAAUAUAAUAUCAACUUUCUAGAGACUUUAAAGAUUUAUAUUUCUGAGCACAUUUGUAUUGAUAGUUUUUUUUUUUUUUUACAUAAGAAUAAAACAUUAUAUAUUUUACAUCUAUUUAACACAUUAAUAAUUGAUUAAAGAUUUACUAUUUAAUGCAA